AUGCCCAGCCCAGCGCCCCCGCAAUCCGAUCCCGCGGACGCGCGGGCCCUAUCCGGGCCCCCAGGCUGCUCUCUAGGGUCCCAGUCCCCGGGGCUCCCGCGCUGCCCGUGGGACUUAAGCCCGCCCCGCGCUCCCUGUCGCCUGGAGUCCUUCUCCAUCGAGGCCAUCCUGGCGAGGCCCGAUCCCUGCGCGCAAUCCAGCUCCCUGCCGCCAGUCACCGGGUGCGUGGCUUGGAGCCCCUGGGCCACUCUCCCCUGGUGUCCAGCCCCAGCUCUGCGUUGGACUUACCAAGCGGCAGCAACUUGGCUGCCCACCUACCUGAACGCGGGUAUCUACCCACUGUACCCCCAGCCCACGGUGCCCCAGAUGCACAUGGCACACUUUUGCGACUUGGUACCUACCAAGGCUCUUCAAGAACCUGAGAGACACCCGAAGAGGGUUCGAACUAUGUUUAACUUGGAGCAGCUGCAGGAGCUGGAGAGAGUGUUUUCUAAACAUCAUAAUCUGGUGGGGAAGAAGAGAGCCCAGCUGGCAGCCAGGCUCCACCUCACUGAGAACCAGGUGAGGAUCUGGUUCCAAAACCGCAGGGUUAAGUAUCAGAAGCAGCAAAAAUUAAACCUGCCAGCCACAUCUGCCAUCACUGCCUCCCUGGAUGAGCCCACCAGCAGCUCUGACAGCAGCAUCCAGAGAGAAGAUGCCAAGUCAGGAUCAGACAGCUGA